UUGUUCACUCCCGUAUGACGUUGUCUUGCUAGCUGGAGGGUCGGUGUACUAGUACAUGUUAUGGUGAGGUGAAACUACUGUACACGCUUUGACACAUCACAUCACACCGCUAGUAGUAUUAAUAGUGUGCAGAUGUCCACUGGUGCCGAUUUUUUUCCAUACUAGUAACAUGUAGUUGUGCAGAAAUGUCACAUUUGUAGAAAAUCGUUGAACUAGUGAGGACAAGUUGUCUAGUAGUAAGGAUAUGUAAUCGAUGUUCGAACAGCUCCAUGCUUUGGUCGUAAAAGGGAGGCGGUGUUCCUGGGAGGAGUCUGAGAUCUGGAUGUCACGCGAAACUUUACUUGGAAGACUUUCUCGCAGCACUUGAGCGCACAGCCUGCCCGCGGAGAAGAGCGGAGCCUGCCUAUUUUUAGUCCCCCGAAAUCGGCGCUCAAAUGGGGGGAAAUGACGCUGCGUGAAGGUUUCGCGAGGCCCAGCUCCCGAGUGACGCACCACGCGGUCCAGCAGCAGUACUCGGCAACUUUCUUUGAGUCCUCCAGCACCGACGCCGACGAGUAGCACCGCCAUGGCCGCCCAGUGCGACGCUUUGAGCGGAUACUUGCAGCAGCAGCAGUCGGACCAGGGCUCCAACAGCGAGCGCAGCACAGACUCGCCUUUGCCGGGCUCCGAGGAGGACCUGAGCGGACCCCACCAGCUGCCCGAUCCGGAGUGGACUGAGGAGCGCUUCCGAGUGGACCGAAAGAAGCUGGAAUUCAUGUUGCUAGCUGCCUCUGAGGGGAGAGUCAACGGCGGGGAGGAUUUCUUUCAGAAGAUUAUGGAUGAAACACAAACGCAGAUAGCCUGGCCUUCCAAGCUGAAGAUCGGAGCCAAGUCGAAAAAAGAUCCUCAUAUCAAGGUGUGCGGCAAGAGGGAACACGUCAGGGACGCCAAAGAGAGAAUUAUGUCAGUGCUCGAUACAAAGAGCAACAGGGUAACGCUGAAAAUGGACGUGUCGCACACGGAGCACUCGCACGUGAUCGGCAAGGGCGGCAACAACAUCAAGCGGGUGAUGGAGGAGACGGGCUGCCACAUCCAUUUCCCCGACUCCAACAGGAACAACCAGGCGGAGAAAAGCAACCAGGUGUCUAUUGCGGGGCAGCCAGGAGGGGUGGAGGCGGCUCGAGUUAAAAUCCGGGAGCUGCUCCCUCUCGUGCUGUCUUUCGAGCUCCCCGCCAUCAUGCAGUCGGACCCGAGCUCGCCGAGCGUGCAGGCCAUCUCGCAGACGUACAACCUGGCCGUGUCCUUCAAACCGCCGACGCGGCUGUACAGGGCCACCGGCGUGGUGCGUGGCUCCCAAAACAACGCCAACGCCGUCAAGCGUGGCACAGCUCUGCUGCUGGAGCACUUGGCAGGCAGCCUGGUGAGCACCAUCUCGGUCAGCACCCACCUGGACAUCGCCCCCCAGCACCACCUCUUCAUGAAAGGCCGCAACGGCAGCAACAUCAAGCACAUCACCCAGAGGACAGGCGCCCAAAUCCACUUCCCCGACCCCAACGGCCCCCAGAAGAAGUCCACCGUCUACAUCCAAGGCACCAUCGAGUCGGUGUGCCUCGCCCGCCAGUACCUCAUGGGCUGCCUGCCGCUGGUGCUCAUGUUCGACAUUAAAGAGGACGUGGAGGUGGAGCCUCAGUGUAUCACGGCCCUCAUGGAGCAACUGGAUGUCUUCAUCAGUAUCAAGCCCAAGCCCAAGCAGCCCAGCAAGUCCGUAAUCGUCAAGAGCGUGGAGAGGAACGCCGUGAACAUGUACGAAGCCCGGAAGUUCCUGCUGGGCCUGGAAAACAACGGCGUAUCUUGCUACUCGCCAUCGGUGGCCGUCAACCCGGCCCCCAACGGGCCCUCGCCGUCGCUCAUAUGUCCCGUUGGCCUGGACAUCUUGGCCUCAGCUGGUCUGGGGCUCAGCAACCUGGGCUUCCUGGGUGCGGCGGCGUCCCACUCGCUGGCCAACUCGGCCGCCCCCAAUGCCGUCCUGAACACCCUCAACUCCUCCAUGAGCCCCCUGCAGGCCCCCAGCCCCGGCGCGCCCGCGCCCUCGCUCUGGCCCAGCUCGCUCACCAGUAGCCAAGCCUUCUCGUCCCAGCUGAUGCUGCAUCCAGCCACCCACGCCACGCUGAGCAGCAUCUUGCUGUCUGGCGUGCAGGGUUACACGCAGAGCACGCCCUCCCCUCCACCGGGCCUGGCGCCCAUCGACAAGCAGUCCAACGGCGUCCCCGACUGCGCCAAGGCAACCUGCGCUCUCAACGGCCACAUUAAGCAUCCGGGUUCCGUCUACGGGAGGAUAUCCACCGCGUCACUUGCUGAAACGGUUCUGAGUCCGGCGCCGUGCGACGCGGUCCAAGAGGCCAGCGGACACAAUCCAUCAGAACCUCUGUCCAGCAAGUCCAGCACCGAUGAAGGCUCGGACACGUUUGUGGAGGUGGGCAUGCCGAGGAGCCCCUCGCACUCGGCCAGCGGCAGCGAGCUGAAGCAGAUGCUGGCCUCGUGCAAGAAGUCGUCGGGAAAACGGCAAGCCGUGGAGCUGCUGCAGGGCACCAAGAAUUCCCACCUACAUUCCGAUUGCCUCCUGUCGGACGCCGAGUCCAGUUCGUCAGACAGUCCCGUGACCGACAAGCGGGCGCCGGGCAGCGAGCGGGCGGCCGAGAGGGCGGCGCAGCAGAACGAGAGGGAGCGCAUCAGAUUGGCCCCGCAGACCCCCUUUGCCAACAUGCAGGCAUUUGACUAUGAACAGAAAAAGCUGCUGGCAACCAAAGCUAUGUUGAAGAAACCCGUGGUGACGGAGGUGCGGACCCCGACAAACACCUGGAGCGGUCUGGGUUUCUCCAAGUCCAUGCCGGCUGAGACCAUCAAGGAACUGAGGAGAGCCAACCACGUGCCCUACAAGCCCAGCAUGAGCACCACCUAUGAGGGUUCCGCGCUGUCCCUGUCCCGCGCCGGCAGCCGUGAGGGCGUGGCCAACGGCAGCGACUCGGACAAUUGGCGGGAGAGGAACGGCGCCUCCAACGGCCUGCAGGCCCAUGCCGACUUCCCCACAGCUGUGAGCAGCCCCAAGAGGAAACAGAACAAAUCGGCGGCCGAACAUUACCUGAGCAGCAGCAACUACAUGGACUGCAUCUCGUCAGUGACGGGCAGCAACGGCUGCAGCCUCAAUUCCUCCCUCAAAGGUUCGGACCUGCCCGAGCUCUUUAGCAAGCUUGGCCUGGGGAAGUACACGGACGUCUUUCAACAGCAGGAGAUCGAUCUCCAGACGUUCCUGACUCUGACCGACCAGGACCUGAAGGAAUUGGGCAUCACCACCUUUGGCGCUCGCAGGAAAAUGCUACUGGCCAUCUCAGAACUGAACAAGAACCGGCGCAAGCUAUUCGAGCCCCCCAUCCGCUCGUCCUUCCUGGAAGGCGGCGCGAGCGGUCGUCUCUCCCGUCAGUUCCACGCUGACAUGGCCAGCGUCAGUGGACGGUGGUAAGCCCCCCCCUCCCGGCGGCGUCCCCCUUUAAUUUUAUAUUUUUUCCAUGGCGCAGCACCACCAUUUUUUUGUGGGGGGGGCGGCUCUCCCUCUUUCGGGCUCAGACUGUUGACAGCGCCAUCUUGUAUAAACAUCCAGUUGGAAGCCAUAGUUUGCCCACCACCCUGGGCUAAAAGGGAUUCCUGAGGUUCAGCGUUCACUCCCGUCCGAGCCAUUGAGUCGAUCCGAAGCGUUUGUGCACUUCCGACAAAAGCGACUCCGGUAUUUCAAGGGACCAGGCAGAAUGAUUAGUACAAUCAUUUUACCCGCCGACCCCGCUGCGGCUGUUGUCGGUGACAUGCACUUUACUGUUACUAGACUUUUGCCUGUGAACGCCUCCAUUGCUUAGAUUGGAAGAAUAAUAACAAUAACUAUGCAUUGGACUUAAAAAGCGCAGAUGCAUUAUUUUAUUUUAUUAUUAUUGUCUUUUUUUUUUUUUUUUUUUACCAAGGCAAAUGUUUGUCAGCACUUAGCCGUGCCUAGUUGGGCCAAACAAAGUGCAAAGUAGGUCAGCGCACCAAAGUGUACCAAAAAAGGGAAGUGUUUUGAUUGGGAGCGUACCUCCCAAGUGCGUGUUUAUGUUCAGCAGCUGUUCCGACAUCUCGCCAUCGUUUGCGUCCGUGUAUUUCCAAGACCAAAUUUUGUACUCUUUUAUGAUUUUUUUUUUUUUUUAACUGCCAUGUUAGGGGAAAGGGGCAGGAUAUAUAAUGGUAAUCCGUUUACAUGUGUAUUUUUUUUUUUUUUAUAUAUGUUACGAAUGACUUAACAUGAUUAUUUGGUAUCGUUAUUGUCAUUCUAUGUUCAUGUUUCUUAGUCUGUGGAGCGCUUAGAUGGCCGCAGCGGAUUUUCAUCCGGUUGUUUAUAGCACAGGCUCCCCCGUCCGUUAUUGGUCAGUGGCGGCCUUUCGGUGGCCUCGAAAUCCCACAAUGCACUCCUCUGCCUUCUCCGAGGGGCAAGGACCUCGUUUGGGAACUUUUUGGAGCCUCAAGUGCCAGUUAACUUGAUUUUUUUUUUUAUUUUAUUAUUUUUUUUUUUUACCAUUUUGUUUCAAGAAGGGACAUUUUGCUCUGACCGCAUCCCACGAGGAACACGAAAAAUCAUUUGAAGGAAUGCAAAGAACGGCUCGAACGUUCCACGGUGAUAGUUUGGGGGUCGUCUUCAAUACAGUUGCAAACCUGCCUGAGACGCAUUUCAUGAAGCGAGGGGAUUUGACGUCAGAAUUGUCGAGUUUUCCAGGAACCUUGAGGAUGUCGAGGCUAGAUUUGAAACAAAAGUACAAUUAUGAUCGUCGGGUUAAUAUUUGACAGUAUUAGAAGUGAAGAAUCAAGAUUUUUUUUUUUUUUGAGGGGGUGUGAAAGUGCAUUAAAAGUGCCUUAAUAAAGUGAGUGCCUGUUGAGUCCAGAUGCAUUAAAAGCAUCAAAACAAAUGAGGUGCCUUGCAUGGGGUUACUUUCCUUCAAUUCAAAUUUCUCAACACUUUGGCCUGUUUUUCUUGUUCAGAACAUCACGGCGAUUCAUUUUCUGACAAGGUUGCCCCCCCCCCCACCCCCCCAUUGAAGUCUUGAAAAAUACAAACUAUAAGAUGCAACAUUUAUUCUGAGACGCUACCUGGAAAGUGUUUUGACUCCGCUUCUCGUCUUAACUGGUGAACGUUGUUGGAAAAGAAGCGCUUGAUCUGAAGUUUGCUGUUUUGCCGAAUUGUGUGAAAGGAAUAAAAGAAAAAUAAUAGUAUUAAUAAUAAUAAGUUGCCGCUCCUCUGAAGAAGUCGCACAGCCUUAAUUGUUUGAUGCCAAAAGGGUUUUAUUGGAAAACGUCUUUGUACUGCAGUUCCAUGGUACAUUUGUAAGGAAUUGUAAAACCACUAAGAAUUCUGCAACAUUUUUGCAACAUUUCGAAAGUGAUAUUUUUUUUUUAUACGUGUGUGCGUGUAUGUGUGUGUUAGGAAAAAUUCUGCACCAAAGGAUUUGUGCAUCGUGGCCAAAAAAACAACUCUUGUUCACACUUUACUCCACUUGUUGUAUCUUAAAGAUUGAUUUGUUUUUUGAUAAGUCAGGCAAAAAAAAAUAUAUGUUCAAACAUUGAUAUUCUGAAGGUAAUAAAGAAGUGUAUGCCAAAAUUGCUCUUUUCUAUUUUUGUGGUUUGUCUGGGAAAUCUUCCGUCUGGGUGUGCGUUUCUCCUCCAAAAGUCCCAGGCAGUCAGGCCCCGAGUGGAUGAUCCCGACCGGCUCUCUCACACUUACUAAGAGUUUUUUUUUUCUUUCCCUUUCUGCCUUUUUGCUUCCAGAACAUUCUGGCGCGGUUGAUUUGCAAAAUGAUUCUGUACUGUCUCUGCUGUCAUUUUAGGUGGAAUGAAGCCA